CUGUCUAACAUCAUACCUGAAUGAAAAACACCGGGAAAAACCCAGACCACUGUUUGACAAAGGCGCAUAUUUGGAGGAACCUGCAUCUGGGCAGAGAUUAACACUGGAGGAAGGAACUGAGGGGCACGCUUUCAACCCCAUCACCGCACCUCCCUCCAUCUCCAACCCAACCCAUAUGAUCGGUCUACACACUGACUCAAAGACGCGCCCCCACUAGGCUACACACCUUUCAGGAGAGAGACUGGAGACAGAAAGCGAUAUGCAGGCAUUGACUGGUGGUGGAGAGGGGAGCGCGGUCGUGGCAGGUCGUUGGGACACCAAACGGACAGGCGGCGAUGCGUUGUUGUGUUGAUGGCUUUCUUUCUUCUUCCUAUAUGAAUUCGCCCCUUAUUUUAAGCGGAGACGCAGGUGUAGCCUCUCUUCAUCCUCCCGCCAGCCAAAUACUACCUAUUACAAUUUCCCACCUCACCUUUUAAGUCAGCAAAAGGACAUUUUACGCGCCGGAGUUGGAAGAAUAGAACAACAUCAUGCUAAAUGAAAUGUGGCGCGUCUCUUUUGUGCGCCGUGUGUUACCGCCGUUCUGAAUGUGAUGCCGAGCACAGAUGACUUGAACCGGGCGGCACACACGGUUCCAAGUACAGCACUUGUUCCAUAAAGAGAAGAUUUAUUGCUAACCAUGGAUGACCAGUAUACGAUGUUUCUCACCACGGCACCCCCCCUCCGGCGAGGAAGUACACCCCUGCCGGUCAAACACCAGCUGCGGAGGGAGGAGGCUGUAUCCGAGGACUGCGACUGGAUCCCGGGCUUGGAGGAGCCUGCCACGUUGCCUAUUAGUGACACCGCGGUGCCUCGGAACGAGUCCUUCAGCCAAUCAGCAGCUGCCCAGCCAGCUUACCAAGUUCACAGCGGGGCACUGAGAAUUGUGCUUCUGGGACAGAAUGGUGUUGGCAAGUCGUCACUGGCUUUAUCCCUGGCUGGCCAGUCAGACAGAUCCCUCUCCAUAGACUCUGAGACACAAGGUGAAGGCUACGAGUGCACAGUGACAGUUGACGACGAGGACAGCAAAGUUAUAAUCUUUGACAACUGGAAACAGGACCUGUCCAUUCUGCAGUGUGAUGUGUGUAUCCUGGUCUUCUCAGUGACUGACAGGAGAAGUUUCCACCGUGCCGCCCAGCUUCGCCUCCUCCUCAGGGAGUCCCUGCCACACACACCAAUUAUCCUGGUGGGCAACAAGAGCGACCUUGUCCGCUCUCGUGAAAUCAGCUCAGAGGAGGCCCAGUCCAGUGCCCUGAUGUUCGACUGCCUCUACUUGGAGCUUUCAGCCUCACUGGAUCACGGCACCAGUGAGUUGUUGGAGGCUGCAGUUCGGACCGCAAGGGGAGACUGUGUGGGCCCCAGCUGGACCGAAGGUGACCCCGGCGCAGGGCGCAGAGAGAGCCUGACCAGCCGGGCCAAACGUUUCCUGGCGGGACUGGUACCGCGCUCGUAUGGCCGAGACCGGGAACGGGGCCGCUACAGGGAGAUGAGCCGCCACCGGAGUAGCAAGAUCCUCCGUCAGAAGUCUCGCUCCUGCCAUGACCUCAGUGCACUGUGACACACACACAUUAGUGUACACACUGACAAUGAGACACACUCCCACACAUGUAUAGACACACCUCAUUGAAAGAUAUGGGGGGAUGGAAUAGAGUAGGGAGGAGCAGAUGACUAAAGAAGGAGAUGGAGGAGAUUCACAUGAAACUUAAAUGAGUGGAAGGAAAGUGUACCAUUGACAGAUAAAGGUCAAGAGAGGAGAAAAGGAAGAGCAACAAGAAAAGUACAAAUGAAAUCAGCCUGGAUCUCAGCACUGAACUUUUAUCUUCACCCUAUCAGUGAAGCCAAAUUGAAAACAUAAAGUCCAGGUCUGAGAGAAACAGAUAAGGAGGUCAACUUGAUUCACCACUCACACUUGGGUGAAUCAGUGAGCACUCGUUACUUGAUGAGAGAGAAAAUCAGCAGCAGUGGAAAGAGUAACAUCGCGAUGCUGAUUGGACACUUACUGUGGUGAUUUGGAAGGCUAGGGAGCCACAAAUAAACACACACCUAGAUAGCUCUUACUGAGUAUGUAGAGACUUGAUAGCAAUCUAAUGUAAACCUGUUGUAGGCCCUGUUUUAUAGCAUGUAGAGUAAACGAUUUAAGACAAGACUGUAUGAUUUACAGUGACAUAAUACUGGAUUUACUGUACCUCAGUGGUCUAUAGCUAAUGCACAAUCUACCUAGUCAAAGGCAAGACCCUUUAUUUAUGAAAAUGCUCUCUGCACAUUUUUUUAGCCAUAAUCUUCACACUCUACCCACCUUUUGUGCUCUGUACUGGCUUUAAAACUGAUUUAAUGAUACCACCAAUGGCGUCUGUUCAUCUGGGAUUUUUUUUUUAUACAAAGCUAAAAACAUCAGAACCCAAGCCAUAAAUUCAAUGAAUGCAUCAUGUGCGAUCGGCACAAAGAACCCUUUACCAUUAGAUGUGGAGCGACAAAAGAAGUCCAAA